AGCAAAUGUAGCGGUCGGAAAUAAGUGUCUCCGACCCCUCACGCUAGAAUCACACCGCCAAGGAUUCGAUCAUCGAAGCGGUGCACAUCGAAUACAGCUUCAUCACGACUGGCACACAAAAUCCGAUUUGACAAUACCCUGCACCUAGAGACAACUGCUUCACUUCGCUUCCUACAUCCCAGACCACCUCAACCUCCAUCAUGUCGAACCCAAGAAUAGAAGAGCUUCCCGACGAGGAACCCACCAAGAACACCCAGGCCGAAGAUGCGUCCAGCUCAUCCGAGUCCGAAGCCGAAGGUGCUGGAGAAGGUGAAGCCUCCAUCCCAGCUGGAUCUGCUGUCGCAGUCCACAGCCGAAACGAGAAGAAGGCGCGCAAGGCCAUUGGCAAGCUGGGCUUGAAGCACGUUCCAGGCAUUACCCGUGUUACCUUGAGAAGACCAAAGGGGGUUCUCUUCGUGAUCUCCAACCCUGACGUCUACCGCUCACCGACCAGCAACACAUGGAUCAUCUUUGGUGAAGCCAAGAUUGAAGACCUCAACUCCCAGUCACAAGCUGCCGCUGCUCAACAGCUUGCCGCUGCCGAAGCGGCCAACGCCGAGCACGCCGGUCACGACCACUCGCACGAGAACGGCAAGGGCAAGGAGCCUGAGAAGAAGGCCGACGAGGAGGAAGACGAUGACGAGGAGGUUGAUGACAGUGGGCUUGAAGCCAAGGACAUUGAACUCGUCAUGACGCAAGCCUCCGUGUCGCGAAAGAAGGCCGUCAAAGCACUCAAGGAGAAUGGCAACGAUAUAGUCAACUCCAUCAUGGCGCUAAGCGUAUGAUCAAAAGUAUUAAAAAGUUCGGGAUUGGGACCUGAAGUCUCAGGAUGCAAGUGAUCCAGAGUUGGGGGCGACGGUCUUGUCUAUCUUGUUGCACUGUCAGUGCACUGAACUUGGCAUGAUUGAGUUAUGCUUCUAGAUGAGCUGAAAAUACAACUAUGCUUGUCUUGCCAUUUA